GAUGUGAUCACGUGGCCGCUGUGGCACCAACACAGGGUAAAGAAAAGAAAUGGCGAUGCUCGGAGGCUUUAGCUCUACACAAGACAAGAAAAACAUUUCUGACACCAACAGCGACGUGUCAGAAUUUCUCUGUCCAGUUUGUCUCGAAAUAUUCGACAGUCCCGUGACAACACAAUGCGGCCACACGUUCUGCCAGAAUUGUUUGCAGGAAUGCUUGCGUCCACAAAAACCUGUGUGUGCUGUAUGUCGGGCUAGUCUUGGUCAUUGCACUAAAGCUGUGGAGUUGGAGGCCCUGAUCCAAUCAUCUGUGGCAGCUUGCAAAGGAUGCGGAACUCAGGUUGGCCUUUCUCAGAUGAGAGGCCACACAGCUGCUUGUCUAAAAUACCAGGAGUACAUUGAGGAAGGUGUGAGGACGACCGCCCAGAGCCAGCCUGCUAUCAUCAGAUGCUUGUGCCUUGCAGUCCAGUGCCAAACCGCUACACGUUUACCUGCCCUUACUGCAACUGCCAGAACCUUGAUCAAGAUGGCCUGGUUGAACACUGCACUACUCAGCAUGCUCGCGAUGCACGCCAAGUGGUUUGCCCCAUCUGUGCCUCUAUGCCGUGGGGGGACCCGAACUAUAGGAGUACUGACUUUUUCCAGCACCUGAAGAUUAGACACACUUUUUCAUAUGAUACCUUUGUUGAUUACUCCACAGAUGAGCACACAAUGAUCCAGGAGGCUCUACAACGCUCCCUUUUGGACAACUGAACAAGCCGGUGGGGGGCGAGGGCCGAUGAAGCAAGAGUAGAUGGCAAUGUGAUGUCUUGAGAAGACAACAAUACGCUUGCAUCGUCAUUUAUUAUUCAAAAAGCUGGUGACACUUGGAGAUUGAAGCGUCCAUGCUGCAAAUCCAAUCCCCCAUGUUUGUAAUGAGAGGGUACGACCACUAGGUGGCUAACAGUUGCCAGGAAACUUCACUCAAGACGUCAUGUUAAUAAUUGACAGGAAUUUACUGACUUGAAUCAAAAGGGACGUAUAUUUCUUCUAUUCUUACUUUAUUUCCAGUUCUUUUAUAACACUUUGAUGUAUUGUUUGUGUGUUUUCUGGCUUCUCAAGUAUCCACUAACAUGAUGAUAUGAGAGGUGUUCUGAAUGUGUGCCCGAUCAUAGAUGUGGCUCCGAAACCCGUAUGGCUGAUGGUUCACCCAACAAACUAAUGCAAAUAGCGCACCAUUCCUUCUGCUGUACAGUAAAGCAGCCACUUCAGUGAUGUUCAUGUGGAGAAUUGAUUUGCGUGUGUUUGUCCACUGGAGGGCAGUAGCGUCCCACCCCUGCCAGCAGCAGUUGCAGGGUGUUCAAGGGUUUCAGUACAUGACUUUUACUACAAGAUAAAUAAAUGUAGAAAGUUAGGUUUGUGUAGAAUAACCACAGCUUCACGUGUAGACACGUUGUCAUAUCAGAUAACAUGUAUCAUACUGUGUAUGUUUGUUUCGUCAAGCUCACCUCCUUGGUUAAUCAACUUCAGACUUUAAUCACUGCUGAUUGUCCUGGAAAAUUAAAAACAAACCAAAAACAA